AAUGUUGGGUCACUGACCUUAGUGACCCCAAACUGUUUACCUGCUGACCUCUUGUUGGCGCACCUGGGGGAUACAGUGUAGCAAAUAUAUCCUUACAAAAAUGACUCACUAUCCCUGAAAGGCAACAUUAAUAACACGCACCUAUCGCAUUAUUACAUAACAUUACAUCUGCGAUCAUUUCCUCCUUACCUGCCUCGGUUUGAGAGUCUCCGAGUGUUCGCUCAAAACUGGUUUUCUCUCUCCAGCCUCUGUGUGUCUCUGCAGCUCUCACACACACUGGAGACUACAAGCAGGAAGUAGAAAAUAAGAAGACAGACGCAGACAAAAAUAAGGAAGUAAAUGCUGUCGGAUCGAAGCUGGAGGAAUCCCCUUACUGCUGCUAAGUGAAAGCAUUUCUGGCGACAGCUUAUUAAUAGAACUCAAAGCACAGCGGCUGUGCUACGGAAGUUAGCCGUGAAGCUAAUUCCUCCUAUCUCAAAACAAGCUGUAAACAGGAACAUAACAAACAACCCCCCUCAAAAAAAAAACCAGAAGUGAGGAGGAAGACAUAGACAAGACUUACUCCUCUUAUCCCCCGAAUUAUUAUCAGCCACCAUGGACCACAGAGGGAAACCCCAGGAAGGAGCCAUGGGGCUGAAACCAGAGGAGCUGCCACAGAUGGACGGGUCAUGUGAUGCGUGUGAGCCUGACGAGGCCCAGCCAGCCACACAAGUUUGCCACACCUGCAGCUUUGCCUUCUGCCCUAUCCAUGCUGACAGACAUGCCACAAGCACAAAUCACCCGCUAAUGCCUUAUAACCAUGAGGGGACUUCAGAAAAUGGACUUGGCAGCAACAGCGACUCAAAUAGAGUCGGGGGUGUAUCUGGGGAGGUGGCAGGUGCAGAAGGGGCCGCAGGAAUGGGUGAAGAUCAGGCAAUGGAACUGCUUGGAGUCGCGGUGGCUAAUGCAGGCCUGGGUGGUGAUGAUGCUGGUGAGAAAGAUGGAGCCCAGAAUGAUGUACAGAUGGAGGCUGAGCUUGCUGGUGAAGCUGGCGGUGCAGAAGCAGGGCAGGAAGCUGCCGGAGAGGCGGGUAAGAGGGACACUGUGACAGUCGAGAGGCUGCGCUGCAAAGAGCACGGACAGGAAGGAUCCCUCUACUGCAAACCUGACGAGAAGAUCAUCUGUGUGGUGUGUGCGGUGCAAGGCGAGCACAGAGAGCAUGAGAUCAUCACGCUGCAUGAGGCCUAUGUGUGGCAGAAGAGCAGGCAGGGUUAUGACCUGCUCGGCUGCACACAACAGAUGGCGGAGAAGAUCAAGACCAAGUGGACAAACCCUGAGAUGUCUACAGAGGAGUUAGAGGAUUAUGUGAACAGCCAGUUCGACGAGCUCCGCAGGUUGGUGCGUCUGGAGGAGAAGAGGACCCUUCACCUUGUAGACCUUAAAGAAGCGUUCCUGACGGCAUCAGCAGCCGAGAAAAUCGCAGAGAUCAGUCUUGAAACUGAACGCCUGCAGGAGGAGAUGGCCAACAUCACACACCAGCUUUGCCUGCUGGAGAAGGCAGAGGAGAAUGGACUCGCCCCAGCUUUGGCGGCACAGGCCCUCUUAGCAGGGGCCGGACCAGCUCGCAGAGUGCAGAACAACAUUGAGGCCAGGCCAAGGCUGCCAGAGCCGAGAGCAAACCCCAUGGACCCCCGAGACUUUGAAGACAACGAUUCCGGACCGUCCAUGGACCACGCCCCCUGAUACCAACGCACCAGACUCCUUCCUCCAUCUACCUGUCCUUCAAUGUCUGCUUCAGCCUGCCACUGUCAGCUGUCAGCCUGGUCCUCUCUCUGUCAGCUAUCUCCCUUAUACCCUCCUCCCUCUCUUUCCCCCCACCAUGCCUGCUGGCGGUGAACUGACCUUGAAGAAAGGCUGCUGUGGCAAAUAUGGAUGGCCGCCCUCUUUUUCUGCUCUCCCAACUUUUCUUCUUUUUUUUUUUAACUCCUCACUGGCUACAAACUUUCUUUAAUUGAAGCAAGUGAAGUUAUGUGCAAUCAAUUACCAUCAGGCUCAAUUUCCACAGCCAGUCACAUCCUUGGCUUUCUGGUGAGCCUGGCUGACUCAGACUGACGACGAUGAGCUGAGUGGAGCAUCUGUUAAGCCCAACAGAUGUCAGAAAUGGGAAAUUUCCGCAACACUUCAUUUACUUGCAAUAUCAUUUUAGUUUUUUUCUUGUUUUGACAAACAUCUUGGACUGUCAAAUGCAUAAAAAGGGAACAUUUUUUUAAAAGCCACAGCGCCUUCAGCAUCAGAAGAAUAUAGUACAAAGAUUUCUGAGUUUUGUAUUUUUAAUGGUAAAAAAACUAUUUUUCAAGCCUUUUCUUGUAUAAGUUUGUGUCUUCAGCUGUCAAUCAUUAUGUUGCCUUCACUCCCUUAUUUCCUCUGCUCUACCUUCUGAUUUCAUAAGCUUUUAGAGUUGAGCACACUUCCUCAUGUGCUUGUCAGAUCUAUUAUCGGAAGCUGGGGGGACAUUUUGACACCUAUUGAUUUCAUGAAUGCUCCUGAAUCUUUGUUAGGUGAGAAAUCGAACUGUAAUCUGACUGUGCAAAAUAGCACACCGGCAGUAUCAGCUUUCUAUGUACUGUAAUGUAAAGGCUCAUUACUUCUAUCCAAACUGCCAAGAUGACGGAUACAGACCAGAUGACUGUGUUUGUAUGUGUGUGUGCACUUUUUAUACCAUGACCGGCUCGGCUAUAACUUUCUUUAACCGCUGCACAUCGGCUUGUAUCAGCAGCUUGUUUUUAAUGUGAUUGAUUCUCUUGCCUUAAAUUCCGAGUUGAAAGCAGCGUCACCCAUUAUAUGUGGGGCAUGUUUGACAACAGCAUGACUUCACUGCUGCACUGCACUAAGAUGCACUGAGAAUUGUAUGCACACCCAGGGGAAAUGUUGAAGUGUCAACAAUCUAUUGAAACAACUCCAACAGCUCACUCUUCAUUCUAGAGUAACAAAAGACGAGAGUGGCUGUCUGAUGUUUCCCCUUGUUUUUAUUUGUCUAUUUUUGUCUUAAAUCUAUAAAUAAAAAGCCUCUUUCUUAGA